AUGCCAGAGCAUGUGGUCCGACGCAUGGGCCUAUUAACUGUGGCCUUCCCGUUCGUCUGCGGCAGCUCGUUCAAAUUACGACCCCGCGACCUCCUCACAAGGUGUGGGGAGGUGGGUGGAAGUGUUCUUCAAAAAUUCCCGCCGAACGACGCGGAACCCGAGCUGGCCCCACCAGCCCCGCCAACCCUCGAACCCCCACGGCCGGCCUGUUUACCCCAGGGAACGCCCGGCCACCAAAAUUCGAAACACCUAUCGGGCGAGAUAGUGCCAGGCUGGGGAAGACCGUGGCGGGAAAGCGCGCGGCGCCGGGUGGCCUCGCCGUCGCUCCGUUGCCGGACCCUUCGCCCGAACGGGGCGGGGCGACACCGCGGCGAAGAAGAAACGGUGACCAGCCAGCGCCCCGGUAGGGCGAAGCGGAAACUGGUCUUUGGAGCGAGUUGCCGCGGGUCAGUUUUGCGGGUGCGGGUAGGGUGUUUUCCUUCCGUUCCGUGGUGUGGGGCGUCGUGGCGUUCGCGGGUGUGGUGGCUGGAGGCGGGCCUGAUCUCGGUACGGUUUUGUCAGAACGUGUGUUACAUUUUUUUUUUUUUU